AUGGAGUCUUGGUUGGCCAUUUGCGGGUUAUUCGCCGCAGUCGUGAACAUGAUACUGGACGUUGCACAAUUUUGGAAAGAAAGGUUAUUGUCAUGGUGGAGAUCAAAAUCGCCCCGCAGCAGACUACGAUACGGUCUAGCUAACGCCCAAACGUAUGAAGAAUGGGAGGAAGCUGCUUUCGAGUUGGAUGAGCUUCUGAGUAUGGAUCUGUGGCGCCAAAACCCAACAAGCCGUCAUUAUGACUAUCGACUCAUUCUGGGCCGACUGGAGGCCUUGAUGAGUGCUCGAGAGGACGAAGAUAUCCUGACAUUGGUUAAUCUCCUUCGAUCCGGACUUGUUCGCAAUCUAGGCAACAUCACCUCUCCCAGACUGUCGCUCCACGCUUAUGCUGGUACAAAGCUCCUGAUAGACGAUUAUAUCACCCAGGUUGCACUUUCCAUCCAGCAUGUGACAGCUCUGCAGACAGCCACUGUUUCUGAGGGUAGAUUUGACUCUCAAGCUAAAUUGGAGUUACUACACGACACCCGGCAGGCCUUUGGCAGAACAACGCUCCUUCUGCAAGGCGGGUCGAUCUUUGGGCUAUGUCACUUGGGCGUGGUGAAAGCUUUACACCUACAAGGUCUCUUGCCUAGAAUCAUUACAGGGACCGCCACCGGGGCACUCAUCGCAGCCCUCGUUGGUGUUCACACAGAAGAUGAGUUGCUGACUUUUCUCAAUGGUGAUGGCAUUGAUUUAACCGCCUUUGAUCGCCAACGGAAAAUGAGACUUGAUACCGGAAACAAUCAGUGGCUACCAUACACCACGGGUGACAGUUGGUUGUGGACUCUGCUUCGACGAGUUCAACGGUAUAUUCAGAAAGGCUACUUUCUGGAUGCCGAUGUAUUAGAAGAAUGUGUGCGAGCAAAUCUUGGUGACCUGACAUUUGAAGAAGCGUACGCACGGUCGAAACGCAUUCUCAAUAUCACGGUGGCGACGUCGGAUAAGGGUGGUACUCCCAAUCUCCUCAAUUACCUGACCGCACCGAAUGUGUUGAUUUGGUCAGCAGCAGUGGCCUCAAAUGCUUCGUCAAACUCGCUCUAUCAGCCUGUUACAAUCUAUUGUAAAGAUGAAACCGGCUCUAUUGUCCCGUGGGGUCUUUCGCGACAUGGUUCCUCCCAGUCGGGGCGCCGCAUGGAGUACACAGAUGGUGAAUCACCGCUAUCCCGGAUUGCUGAGCUGUUCAAUGUGAAUCACUUCAUUGUUUCUCAAGCCCGACCAUACCUCGUCCCCUUUCUCCGGUCCGACGUGAAUCUUCUAGAUCGCCGUCCUACGGGACAGUGGACUAUCACCCGUUCACUGAUGCGCUUGGUCGCUACUGAGAUCCGCCACCGAUUGAGACAGCUCGAUUAUGUUGGUCUUCUGCCACAAGCACUCGCACGACUUCUCAUCGAAGAGACCAUCCCUGGCCCUAAUCUCACACUGGUUCCCGAUCUCUCAUUGAAGGACUUUACUAAGUUAUUCCAGAAUCCAGACAAGGAGUCAUUGGCCCAUUGGAUCCUAAAGGGUGAGAGAGGGACGUGGCCUGCGAUCAGUGCCUUGAAAGUCCGGUGCGUUAUCGAAAUCGAAUUAGACAAGGGCUACCAGGUUGUUCGUCGACGACGACCAGCUGAGAAUCCUUCUUCUGCUCAACAUACUAUGGGUCAGCGCCGCAUGCCAAAUGAAGGGAUCCCGAGGAAAUGGAGAGGGUAUAAUAUCGAUCACGACAGAGAAAUGACAGGUUUACUAGGAAAUUUUGAUCGUCAACAAGACGACCUCAAUCCGUGA